UUUGUCCUACAUUCAGUCAUUGAAACGAGGUGCGGGUUUGGCCAGAUCUAAGAGCUAAUGCUGAUGCUCAACUCGUGGCCGUCCAGCUGAUCGCGCACGAACUCAUACCAAUGACCAAGUGAGCAAGCUGCAACAGUCCCUUCGCAAGCUCGUUGCAGAUAUCAAAGCGGGACAAGAAAUAGAUAUGCAGCAGGCAUUCUUCAGGGUCGAGGAUAUGGUGGAGAAGCUUGAAAUAGACAAUGCUCUACGUCAUCUCCCCGUCGCAACAGUGCACGCUGGCUCUACUAGAGCCUGUCUUCCCGGCACGCGCGUGGAAAUAUUGGGCCUGAUUGUGGACUGGAUAUUUGAUCCCAAAGGCUCGCGUGGUUUCAUCUUACACGGGACGGCGGGGAAGGGAAAGUCUGCGGUGGCGCACACCGUGGCCAGGUGGCUGACGGACGCGGGAGUUGCCACGUCUUUCUUUGCUUUUGAGCGAACGAACCGCGCUCGCCGCGCCAACCAGCUACUUCCCACCCUUGCGAGGCAACUUGCGUACCUGGACCCGCAGUACUAUCGAAUACUUCGCUCUUUGCUACCCGCACAAAUGGAGACCACCGACAUUCACGACCAAUCCGAACAUCUAAUCCUCUCUGCAUUCCGUGACUACGCGCCCAUACUUCCGAUCGUCUUUGUCAUCGACGCCCUCGACGAAUGUCCCAACAUCGAUGUGAACGAGAUAGAGGAUCGCAAGGCACUGCUCAACAGCUUGCGAACGUGUAUGUCAGAUGUCCAACUCCAUUAUAACAUCCGCAUUUUUAUCACGACCCGCCCCGAACGCGAGACCUACUACCCGCUCCUCGAGGACUCUGUGACCUUCAUCUGGAAGUCCAUCGACAGCGCUGCCGGCACUGCUGGAGAUAUCCGCAAAUUCGUCGAGUCCGAACUCAUGUCAUCGACCGUGCGGAAGAUCGUUGGCGAUCUUUCCAACGCUGUGGACAUCAUUGCGAACGCUGCACAAGACUCCUUCGAAUGUGCGGCAGUGCUUUGCAGGGAGCUUACUGGGCCUCAGCGACCAAAGACUGGGGCCAAGCGCGAGGAGCUCAUUCGGCGCGUCCAGGCACAACCCGGGUUUUCACUAUACGCUUCGUACGGCACGAUCCUUGAGGAGCACCUCGACACGGAUGAUGAUGACCUUAUGAACUUGUACCGCCAAACUGUGGGAUGGGUGUUCGCCGUGCGCGAGCCUCAGCCGCGGUCCGUCUUUCAAGAAAUUGCGGACACGCUACCAUCCCGAAAAGACAUCCUGCUUGUUCUGGAGGGUCUUGGUUCGCUUUUGUCUGGUACAUCUCCAAGCGACACGAAACCCAUUCGCCCACUUCACACAUCCUUCCGCGACUUCGUACUCGACGCCGAGGCGAGUGGGAACUUCGCCAUCACAUCGGAAUUUGCCGCCGCCGACUCGCAGCUCGCUCUCGCGUGCUUCAGCAUCAUUGACAGACCAAAGAGCGGCCUCCGGUACAACAUAUGCGACCUACUCUAUCCUUUCGUGUACAAAUGGGACAUCGACGACUUGGACGGUCGUCUCACCGAGCAUAUAUCACCUGGACUCCAGUAUGCGUGUCGCGAGGUCACGGCACAUCUCUCGCACAGUCAGCCCGGUGACUCAGAUCUGAUACCGGCCUUGACGAAAUUUCUACAGAACCAGUUCCUCUUUUGGCUCGAAGCGUGCGGCUGGCUAGGGUAUGAGCCGUGCGACAGUCUUCGCAACAUGCUCCACUGGGUUAAACUCAACCAAGGUGACUUGGCAGCCAUCGUCACAGAGUUCAUCGCUUUCGAAAAGCGAUUCCGCGAAGCAAUGUCGGAGUCGCCACCUCAGGUCUAUGUGACCGGCCUGCUCUUUGCGCCAGACAGCUCGCAUGUUUCCCGAUUAUACCGGCAUCGCAUCGUGAACCCGAUCGAUAUCUCUGGGUAUCAACGAGAGCAAGGGUGGCCACCGAGCGAGACGCUCGUGAUCCAAGCCGGAAGCAGUGUCUAUUCUGUCGCUUAUUCUCCAGACGGUGCAAAGAUUGUAGCCGGCCUUCGCAAUCAUGAGCUCCGAAUAUGGGAUGCGGAGACGGGGCGGCAGAUCGGCAGUGCCAUGCGAGGACACGAAGACCAGGUCUUGUCUGUCACAUUCUCUCCUGACGGCUCAACAAUCGCUUCUGGCUCGUGGGACUUUACUGUUCUACUUUGGGAUGCCAAGACCGGGAAGCAGCAGGGCGAGGCAUUGCGCGGACACACUGAUUGUGUGCGGUCAGUCGCGUUCUCUCCGGACGGCACCACCGUCGUCAGCGCCUCAGACGAUUGCACAUUGCGAUUGUGGGACGCGAAGGCCGGGAAGGAGAUUGGUGAAUCAAUGGAGGGGCAUACACGUGGUGUUAACUCCGUCGUCUUUUCACACGACGGAGCUCGCAUCGUCUCUGGCGCUGAUGACUGCACGGUCCGCAUAUGGGAAACAGCAACACGACAGCAGCUAGGCGAUUCUAUACGGCACAAUGACUGGGUCAGAUCAGUCUCAAUCUCGCGCGGCGGCAAGUAUGUCGCUUCUGGCUCUGACGACGGGACCGUCCGUGUAUGGGAUGCACGAGGGAGGAAGCAAGUGUGGGCAUCGCAUGGACAUACAGGCUGGGUAUUUUCGGUCGCCUUCUCACCUGACAGUACGCGCAUCGUCUCCGGCGGGCGCGACGCCACCGUCCGCAUCUGGGAUGUAGCAUCAGGAGCGCAAGUCGGUGAUGACUUGCGCGGCCACGCCGAUGACGUCAACUUCGUCGCCUUCUCUCCGGACGGGAAGCACGUCGCAUCCAGCUCCAGCGACCGCACGAUCCGGGUCUGGGACGUGCGGGAGGCGAAGAAGGAAAGCGGCAUCCCGAUCGGACACACAGGCAAGGUCUACUCGGUCGCCUGCUCGCCGGAUGGCAAGUACAUCGUCUCUGGCUCGGACGACCAGACGGUGCGACUGUGUUACGCGCAGACGGGGCAGCUGGUGGGGGAUCCGAUGACGGGGCACGAUGACAAAGUCAGCUGUGUCACAUUCUCGCCGGACAGCACACGAAUUGCCUCCGCCUCGGGCUACUGGUUGGGCCAUUGCGAUGGAACGGUGCGAGUGUGGGAUGCGGAGACGCGACUGUCAGUGCGCGUGCUUCAAGGGCACUACCGCGGUGCUCUCUGCGUCGCAUUCUCACCUGAUGGCACUCGGCUCGUGUCUGGAUCAGCGGACAAAACUUUGCGUCUCUGGGAUCUGGCGACAGGGCAGCAAAUCGGCGAACCGCUCUAUGGCCACAAAGACUACGUUCAAUCUGUGUCAUUCUCAAGUGAUGGCUUGUACAUUGCAUCUGGCUCCAAUGACAGCUCUAUUCGACUAUGGGAUGCCGAAUCACGGCUGCAGAGAAGAGGGGCACUCGAAGGUCAUCAGAAAUCUGUCCAGUCCCUGGCGUUCUCGCCCGAUGAUUUGUACCUCGUGUCUGGCUCCCUCGACAGAACAAUCCGCCUGUGGGACGUGAAGACGGGCGAGCAGAUGAGGGGGCCACUUACCGGUCAUACUGACUGGGUACGAUCUGUCUCCUUCUCGCCCGAUGGAAAGUACGUUGUGUCCGGAUCUGAUGAUAGGACGGUUCGAGUCUGGAGUGUGCAGACCAGGCAGCAAGUCGGCGUCUCCUUGCGAGGGCACAAGAACUUGGUCAGCUCGGUCACCUUCUCCUUUGAUGGAUCUCACAUUGUUUCUGGCUCCUUUGACGGUACGAUCCGGGUCUGGGAUUUUGGGAAAUUGCAGAGCUGGGAGAACAGGGUCGACGCCGCAAGUGGAGACACGAUAAGAGCACGUGUGCAGGCAUCCCUUCAGAAGAACGAUGACUGCUGGCUUGUCUAUGACGAUAACGGCACGGAACGACCCAUCCUCUGGAUUCCUCAUCAUCUGCGACGCAUCCACCGUGCCUACUCGCCUUUUCACGUUAAGUUUGUACCUCCUACGAUGCCCCAUCUCCGCAUCACGCUCGGCGACUCGUUUCGCCUUGGCGAGUGGCCAUCUUAUACGUCUGCCCCUGCCCCUGAGGAGCUGUCGAUGGCGUUGGAAAUGAAGGAGUAGGAUUAACACCGCAUGCCACCGAACGUAGGAAUUUCCAUCCGAGCUGGGUGCUACAAGCCAGAUAGCUACGCACGGUCGGUCUUGCGCACACUCGACUUUCGUUCCGCACACACUCGACCUCAUAUUUUCUUGGCUCGAUGAUGUCUUCUUCCUGACGGUCGUACCGUCGUGAAACUCGUUAGGU